AUGACUAUCUCUGCUUUACCGACUACAUUCGAUGAAGCUGUGGAUCUUGCUAUCAUCGGUGGUACAGGUCUAUACCAAUUAGAUUGUCUUAAACCUGUUGCUGUCUUACCACCAAUACAAACUCCAUGGGGUGCUACAUCCUCUCCCAUUACAAUAGCUGUAUUUAUUGGUGAUUCUAAUACUACUAAUAAUAAAUUUGUUGUUGCAUUCAUAUCUAGACAUGGUAUUAAUCAUGAAUUUCCACCAACUCAUGUACCAUUUAGAGCUAAUAUUGCUGCUAUUAAGAAAUUACAAUGUAAAGCAGUAUUAUCAUUUAGUGCUGUUGGUUCAUUACAAGAACAUAUUAAACCAAGAGAUUUUGUAUUACCACAACAAUUAAUCGAUCGUACUAAAGGUAUUAGAAAUUCAUCAUAUUUUAAUGAAAUUGGUUUAGUAGGCCAUGUUGGAUUUGGUAAUCCAUUCUCAACUAAAUUUGCAGAUUUUAUAUAUCAAUUUAAAGAUAUUUUAACUAACCCUGAUUCUGAUGAACCUUGUUUAAUGCAUUAUGAUCAAGACACUACUGUUAUAUGUAUGGAAGGCCCACAAUUUUCAACUCGUGCAGAAUCAAAGAUGUAUAAAAUGUUAGGUGGUGAUAUUAUUAAUAUGAGUGUUAUCCCAGAGGCUAAACUAGCUCGUGAAUGUGAAUUACCUUAUCAAAUGAUAUGUAUGUCAACAGAUUAUGACGCUUGGAGAGAUCAUGAAGAUUCAGUCACUGUAGAUGCUGUUUUUGGUCAUUUGGCUAAUAAUGGUAGAAAUGCUAAUGCUUUGGCUACUAAAAUAGUUAAAGAAAUGGCUAAAAACUUACCUGAAUUUAUGAUUAAUGGAGAUGGUUUAAAAGGUUCUAUUAAAAUGUCUGUGGCUACUAAAGCUGAUGUCAUGUCAGAACAAACUUUACAAAAUGUUAGAUUCUUAUUUCCAGAAUAUUGGUGA